AUGACGACGACAUGGGAGGAACAUGAAACGACGACGGCGACGACAUCCGGUGCCUCGCUGUCUCCUGAGCCGCAAACUGCGAUAAUGUGGGCCAGUGGUACUGGCAGCCCUAAAAGUGAUGGUCUUUCACCGGCGCCGGCGCUGGGGCAGCUGCCGCUGAAGACGGAGAGGAAUAGCUGUCCCGUCCCGCUGGUGUCACCGGUUGUGUCGCCUGUUGAUGUUGAGUCUGCGGGGUUGGUUGGGACUUCUGGACCGAAUGGGUUUAAGGAUAGGAGUUUGCAGGAGGAGGAGCAGGAGCAGGAGCAGGAGCAGGAGCAGGAGCAGGAGCAGGAGCAGGAGCAGGAGCAGGAGCAGGAGCAGGAGCAGGAGCAGGAGCAGGAGCAGGAGCAGGAGCAGGAGCAGGAGCAAAAGCCGGAGCCGGAGCCGGAGCGGGGAGGAGAUAUCGAUCUGAAAAGGGAUUUGACGCUGCCGGUUGGGGAUGUGGUUUUGGAGCCUCCGGUGAAUGUGCAAGAAGAAGCGGUGGUGUGGAGAGAGAAGAACGAAGAGGCCCAUGAAGAGGUGGAAGGGGUGGUUAAAGAGAAGGCUAAGGAGGACGUAGAGGAGGAGGUUAGGGACGAGGCUAAGAAGGACUUUGAAGAGAUUAAAGAUGAGGUAAAAGAUAAGGUUGAAGAGGUAAACGAAGUGGUUAAGGAGGGGUUGAAACGAGAGCCACAAGAGCCACAAAAGCUAGUGCAACAGCUGCAAGAGCCGCAGUGGGAAUUGCAAGAGUUGGAAGAGCACCGGGAGGGAGUGAAACCAGAACCGCAAAACGAGCCACAGCAGAGCGGACUUGAGGUACCAGAAUACAAACCACAAAAGGCGGCGCCGAAUCAGUUGCAACGGGAAGCGCAACCGAAAGUACAACCUGGAGUUCAAUCAGAAACUCAAGAAGAUGUAGAAAGUCCCACUGAUUCUGUGGACGAACAGCGACCAACUUCAUCCGCAGCGCUCUCAAUGGCGGAUAACAGGACUUCUUUUAUGCCAUCUGAUUAUGCCACCUACACUAGCCCACCAGUUGAGGAAGCACGAGCUGUCAAAGUCAUUGGCCGGAAGGCAAGCGUAAUUACUUCAGAAUUACGCACCUUUAUCUCACGCGAAAUCAACAUUGGCAGAAAGGGGAAGAUUCAACCGACUCCAGCAGUCGAACCAACUGGGGACGCUGAAGGGAGUGGUCAACCACCCCAUCCGCCAUCAGGUAGUGAAAAUGAAAGUGGCCGCGAGCUCUCCGACUCAACACAGGCCACACCUGAAGCCGGUCUCCCGGACGACCAACGUAGCGAUACUGACGCCAUUCGUCAUUCGCAGCCGCGACCAGUCAUUUCCCUGCAACAUGUGGAACAGAAUACUAACCGUAGAGAUACGGUCUCGUCCUCCAGAUCAGAGUCAACGGAGCCCCGAUAUAUAGGGGUUGAUAAUACUGCGCAGCAGGUUCCGCCAGCACCGAAGAGCCCACCACCAACGCCUGCAAAUAAGAUCAAGACAUUACCAUCUAUGUCUCCCGAGAACAAACCAGUGUCUGUCCGGCCAGAUAGCUAUAACUCUAGGAACCAGCCUGCUGAGCAGAUCCAACCCCAGCCAAAACCAGCUGCCGCCAAAUCCACGGAACUUAAUACUAUCGCAACGUCGAAACCCAGUCUCCUUCCUCUUGUGCCGGAUACAACCGCACAGCGUUUAGCGGUAGAACGUGAAUUAACUUCUGGCGUCACCGAGGGAAAGCCUACUGAUCAACCAUCUGCUGCGCCAUCUGUUAAGCCCUCCGCUCCAACGGAGACUCCUAGUGAACGCCUCACCAGUCCUCCGGUGACCCACCCAAAACGAUUUGCUGGCUCUGUCAGGGAGGGGCGCGCGUCAACUCAGUUGAUCCGCGAGUACGCUGGCAACACUUCAUCAAAACCCGCAACUGUACAAGAGGAGUUUCGCCCAGGCUCGGCUAUGGCUAACUUGAUGUCUAAAGUAUCUUUUUCCCGUCAGGCAGCUGAUCGGCGUGCGAGCGCUACUGGACAAUCCAACGAGAAGAGCUGGAGCAAUCGGUUCCAGUCCUUUAAGGUUGAUUCAGGUCUUUCAAAAACCAGAAGCGCGAGCGCUCUCGCAUCCGGGGACACCCAACGUGCCUCGCCUGUGUCUGUUUCGAAUCCCAGCGACCCAACCAAUAAUCUGCCGAACAACCAAUCUCCAGUUGGUAAAGUAAAAAUCCACGGCAAAUUUAUUAGGGGUGCCAGCCGUCUUGCUCAGAAUGCUGGUGAGAUGAAGAAGAACAUGCCUAGAGUGACUGGUUUGUUUAACCGCCAUUCCAGGCAUGCCGAGCCCGUUGCUAAGUUACCCCACACCCCUGAGUAUUCUCCACAACAGUAUGAAACACAGGUCACAGCUCUCCCGCAGCCGCAGCCACAGCAACAAUCAUACCCACACAUAUAUCCGAAUAGGCAUUCCAACACAAUGCCACAUAACUAUCAUCAACAGCAGCAAACUAAUCAACUCCAAACACAAUCAAUGACUCAAUUCGGUGGGCGCCAAUCAGUUACUUCGCAGCAAUCCUAUACCCAGGACAACACGCACUCUAGUCGCAGCAGCCAUCCUGCGAGUAUCAUAUCUCACACCACUGUUCUUGCCCAUGCGACACCGCCUGGGAACCCUCAGUCCUAUGUGAACAAUCCCCAGUUGCGAUCUCAGAGCCCAAUGUCGUUUAUCCAGUUCCAGAACGGGCACGUCCCGGCAAACAUGCCCGCUCAACACUCAGCCCGCACCCAGUCCCCCGAUCCGACUCAGCAUCCACUCCCCGACUCCGCGACAAUGUCGCCAGCCGCUUCCCCACCACCCGAAGGCUCUUCAUAUCCACAUAGGGCACCGCAAGAUCGGAACUAUAAUCACACUCCAUCGCAUUAUAUCGCAGGCCCUGGCAAGUAUAUCGAGCCAGUUGAAUUGCCCGUCCCGAUUCCCGGGGAUGACUCCAGCGAGGAAAUUGUUAUGUCCAGUACUGCAUAUCCUGGGCAAGAAUGGCAUCCAGAAUACUAUAUGGACUACUAA